AGGACCCCAGGAUCAUGACCUGAGCCGAAGGGAUCAGUGACAUUCCCGGAUGUGGCUGUGGACUUCACCCCAAAGGAGUGGCAGCUGCUUGACUGUGAGCAGAGAACCUUGUAUUGGGAUGUGAUGUUGGAGAACUUUAGAAACCUCAUCUCAGUGGAAAUUAUCUGCUUACUCAGUGAUGCACUAGAGAGAGAGGAGGGAAGCAAAGACAAUUUUUGAACCAAGAUAUGCUCACCUUCGAGAAAACACUGACCAAGGAGAGAGUCCAAAAUUAUAAUCUGAGUAUAAAAUAUAUUUCUUUAAGACAAACACAACGUAAAUGUGAGUCAAAUGGAAAGAGUCUGCAACCUAAUUCACACUUGCUCAGUUAUAAUAAAAGUUAUAUCCGAGAAAACUCUUAUGAAUACAAGGAAUGUGGAAAAACCUUCAGAAACAAGUUUUGUCUCAUUAAGCAUGAAAAAAAGCCUACAAGAAAAAAAAACCUUUGGAUGCCCUGAAUGUGGGAAAGCCUUCCAAAAGAAGUCUUGCCUCAUUAGACAUGAAAAGAAACAUACAAGGGGAAAAAAAAAAACCUUUGAAUGCAAUGACUGUGGGAAAGCCUUUAACAGUAAGGGACACCUUAUAGCUCAUCAAAAAAUUCAUAGUGGAGAGAGGCCCUAUGUAUGCAAUGAUUGUGGGAAAGCGUUUAUGCAUAAAGCACAACUGGUGGUCCACCAGAGACUCCACAUGAGAGAGAAACCUUACAAAUGGCAUCAGUGCGGGAAGUCAUUCACUUGGAACUCCUCCUUUACCCAACAUGUGAAAUCGCAUACAUUUGAGAACUCAUUUGAAUGUAAAGAAUGUGGGAAAACCUUCAGGUACAGCUCAUCCCUUUAUAAACAUUCUCGAAUUCAUACAGGAGAGAAACCAUACCGACGUAGAGAAUGUGGCAAAGCCUUUGCAGACUUCUCAGUGCUAGUCAUGCAUCAGAGGAUUCAUACAGGCGAGAAACCCCAUGGGUGUACUAAAUGUGGCAAAGCCUUCAUCAAGAAGUCACAUCUCCUUAAACAUUACUUAACUCAUACAGCAGAGCAACAAAACAAAUGUAGUGCGUGUGGGAAAUCUUUUAACCAGAAGACUCUCAUUCUCCAUCAAAGGAGUCAUAAAAACAGGGUAGCUGUGUGAAUGUGGGAAAACUUAAAAUUAGUUAGCCUUUUAAUAAAGCGGCAAAGAAUUCAUCAUGAGAAAAACUCUAUCAAUUGGAUAGAUAUGGAAAAGCAUGUUCUGAAAUUCAUAUUCUGUGAUACUACUAAUUUUAUUGAGAUUAUAGAAAAUUUUGAGUUAUAAAUUGACAAUUUUACUGUAUAGCAUAAAACGAGGAAGUUGUAAAAAAUUUAAAAAUCAAGGCAUCAAGCUGACUAUAAUUACAUAUAUGUACUGCCCCGGUUUACGAUUGUCAUACAAGUUAUACAAAUACAAUUAAUGCAUUGCUUAAAUUUGUAUAACCAUAGGUUUGAAAUACAUGCUAGGCACUUACACAAAAUUUUAUCUGUUAUGGUGAUGGUUACACAACAUUGUGAUUGUACUUAAUGCCAA